ACGUUGCCCUCCCCGUGGGCAGGGAGGGCACGGCAAGGAGGAUGCCCAAGAACAGGGAGAGCAAAACCCAUCUCCCCCCGCGCAGCCAGGCAUCCUCCGUGGGACGAGCCGCGGCAGAGCUGGGCAUCUCUGCCAUGACCUGCGCUGGCCGGUGACACCGGAGCCCUGCCUGUGUUUUGGGUGGGCAGCUGAGCUCGGUGGAUGCCUUUGAAGGGCCCCGGUCACGAGCUCGGCUAUCUUUAGCAGAAGGUAUUUUUAUUACAAGGCAGCGGCGUGGCGGCGGCCGGGCAGCGCAGCAAAGGCAUCAAAGGGUGGUGGAGGCAGGAGGGGGCUGCCCCGGGGCACGGCACGGAGCAUCGGGCGCCGCCCCCCUGCCAAGAGCCGCUGAGCCCCCGGGUGAGGAUGACCCCGGAGGAGGAAGGCUCCCGGGCAGGGCCGCCGGAGCGGGUGCGUAUCCGGGUGGAGGAGCAGUCGUUCUGGGUGGAGAAGACCUUGCUGGUGGAGAGCAGCGAGUACUUCCGUGCCCUCUUCCGCUCGGGCAUGAAGGAGAGCACGCAGGAGGAGAUCGGGCUGGGGGAGCUGAGCGCGGCCGGGUUCCUCGCCAUGCUGCGGGUGCUGGCGGGUGAGAGGCCCAUCCUUGGCAGCGAGGAGACCUUCCAGGCGGUCGAGUGUGCCGCCUUCCUGCAGGUGAAGCCCUUGGCCAAGUACUUGAUCCACUCCAUCAACUCCGACAACUGCAUCUUGCUGUACCAAGCUGCCGCCAUCUUCGGUCUCCUGGACCUCUUCCACUGCGCCGCACUCUACAUCAGGGACAGCUAUGCCGAGCUGAAGGAGUACCUGGACUGCCUCUCUGCUGACCUGCUGGCCUACGUGGAGACCCUCCUGCCCAGCACCUUCGUGGCGGUAGGAGCCCACACGCCCACCUUUGAGUUCCUGGAGGACCUCUCCAGGACCAUUUGCUACCUGGAUGAGGAGACCAACACGUGGAGGACCCUCUCCUGCCUGCCGCUGAGCGCCAGCACGUUCCUCGCUGGCAUGACGACCAUGGAUAAUAAGAUCUACAUUGUGGGUGGCGUUUACGGGGCCAGCAAGCAGGUGGUGGAGAACAGCUUCUGCUAUGAUGCCGAUGCCAACGUCUGGAGUGAGUUCCCCAGCCCUCAUCAGCUGCGCUACGAUGUCAGGCUGGUGGGCCACGAAGGCUACCUCUACGCCAUCGGUGGGGAGUAUGAGAAGAUCUCCCUGAAGUCUGUGGAGAGGUAUGACGUGGCCUCCAGCACCUGGACGUUUGUCUCCGACCUGCCACAGCCAAGCGCAGCGGCACCCUGCGCCCAAGCCAUGGGGCAGAUCUUCGUUUGCUUGUGGAAGCCGCUGGACACCACCGUCAUCUAUGAGUACGAGACCCGGCAAGACGUGUGGCUUCCCGUCACUGAGCUCAAGCGGCACCAGAGCUACGGGCACUGCAUGGUGGCCCACCGUGACAACCUGUAUGUCAUGCGUAAUGGCCCCUCGGAUGACUUCUUGCGUUGUGUCAUCGACUGCUUCAACCUGACAUCACGGCAGUGGACGGCCCUGCCCGGGCAGUUCCUGAAUAGCAAAGGAGCCCUCUUCACCGCCGUCAUCAGGGGUGACACCGUCUACACCGUCAACAAGAUGCUGACGCUCCUCUAUUCCGUGGAAGAGGAGACCUGGAGGUUCAAGAAGGAGCGGGCAGGUUUCCCGCGCAGCGGCUCCCUGCAGACCUUCCUCCUGCGUCUGCCAAGGCGUGACCACGAUGUCGCGACGUAGGUGGCCCCCGUCCCACAUUGGGAUGCUCUUCCUUGCACGUGGCCUCAGCUCCGAACCCACCACUCCCCUGGGCUCCUCUCCUCCUCUGCGGAGCCGUGCCCAGGUCCUGGGACGUGUCACAUUGGCCCUUGGAGGUGACGCUAGAACCUGCCAGAGAGAAAGGGGCUGCAGGCAGCUGCUGCCUGCCUCUGCCUGCACUGCACAGGCUGUGUGCAAAGUCCUACCAGACGUGGGCUCGUGAGCCAACCACGUGCAGAGCUUCGUGGCUUCUGCAGAGGACAGAUACCAAAGAGACGCAAGUACUUGUUAUAUUUAUUCUGACCGCACUCUGAAGGUGUGCAGCAUCCCACCUCCUCUCUGCUCCGAUGGGAAAUCAUUCAUUAUAUCCUGGAAUUAAAAGGAAAGCUAUAAAAAAAC